AUGCUCGUAAGUACGGACACAUUUCUGACCAAGGUGACAGAAUUGUAUACAGAGACCCAAACCAUUUCCAAGGGCUCUGUAGUUGUCUCUUGUAAAAGUGUACCUGUAGCCAAAGUAAAUGGAAAAGCUUUACAGAAAAUCUUCAAGCUCACAGUAGAAGACGGAGACAAAGUGUUGCUAUUCCGUGCCUGUAAGUACGGGAAUAAUAAGCACAAGAAGAAAUAUAGUACAGUGGUGACGAUUAGGAACCACCCAUUGUUCUAUACGUCUUUGAACAAGAUUAUCAAGACAAAAGUGGAUGCGUCUGCUAUGGAUCUUAUUGGUAAGGGAACGAAGCGAGUGAUGACGAAAGUGAAGAAGACUGCAGAAUAA